CACUAAAAAUUGUUGUAAGUCGAGGACUAUCUGAACUUUAUCAAAAGGAGGGAUUGUUUUCCAUGGCUGUUUUCCACCCUGAAUUGUCCUCCUCCAAGUGGAGAAUCUAUAAGUCAAUUAAGAUACUCAGCUUUGCCUCGGAAAACUGAUGCUACAAUGCAUUUUUCAGGGGCCACACACGUUUUUUGAGAAGCCACCAAUGGAGCUCGGAAAAGCUUGGAAGAAAACAAGCUUAGGCAGACCGCCGUGGCUUUGAGGGGUGGGGAAAGCGUAUCUCCCCCGCCCCGCACAGGCUUCUCCUGCUCGUUCGGGGUUUACCUGCAGCUUCCGCUCCCUUCCAAGGUUCCUCUCACCCUGCUAGAGGGGGAAGCGCAGAGGCGUCCAGCGAUAGCUAACUAGGAAGUAGUAGGGGAAGCGGCAGGGUCCGAAAGGGAAACGGCGGGCCGACCACAGGUGCCAAAGCCCUCCAGCUCGCCGCGGCUUGGCCGACCCAAUGGCUUCUCCCGCCAUCGCUCUGCCCGAAGCAGAUCAAGCAAUUAAAGAACCAGUAGAAGACACUGACCCUAGCACUUUAUCCUCAGAAAAUAUAGAAAAGUAUCCUGUCCAAGAUACAGAAUUACCCAAAGAUGAAGAAUAUCAAACAGAAAAAGUGACUUUGGAAAUUUCAUCCAUUAACAUUACAAGCUUAACAUCAGAUUCUGGCUUGUUACACCAGCCAGAAGAAGAUGAUGACACUCAAAGUUGUGCUGGUGAUUCACCUACAGCUUUGAAGAAGUCAUGUACAGAAAAUGGCUCUUGCUCUCUGUGUACAUCUCACCAGCCAACCAUCGGUGAUCUACUAAAUGAUGAGGACUUGCUGUAUAUGAUGAGAAUCAAAUUGGAUCCAUCGCACCCGACAGUGAAAAACUGGAGAAACUUUGCAAGCAAAUGGGGAAUGACUUAUGAUGAGUUGUGUUUUCUGGAACAGAAACAACAGAGUCCCACCUUGGAAUUUUUGUUACGGAACAGUGACAGAACUGUGGAGCAGCUGAUUGAGCUUUGUAAAUUAUAUCAAAGAGUUGAUAUUGAAAAAAUACUGCAGAAAUGGGUGGAGAAGGAAUGGCCAAAAAGAGGCCAUGGGGCCUAUCAGAAAAACAUUUAAAGGAGAAAAAAAUGACAAUGUGGAAAACCAAGAAUGGGGCUUGGUUGACUUUACUUCUGGUGUGCAUAGGUCUUUUCUUUUCCUAGGGAGAGGACAGCAUACUUAUUUUUACAGCAUAAAUUGUACUUACCAUUUGUAGUGAUAGGGAUGACCUUUAAUUAUGAAUCAAGUCAAUGUCUUUUACAGAUGUCAAAGUCUACAGUACUCAGAUUUUUGAAGCAAUAAGAGAACAAUGAAAAUUAUCAGCAUGCUAUAUAGGAUAGCUGCAUAAUAAUUUACUUCUGUUUAGCAGUCUUUGUCCUGUAUUUCUCUCUGACUGGAAAUUGUAUAGAAAUUAAACAUAGGAAGGAAAAUGGAGGUCCUCUUCAAGGAAUAAUCCAUGCCUGUACCUGUCCAUUUGGUCUUGUUCUACCCUUUUCCAGGUUGCCUUUGUUAAUGAACAAACCAGUAGAAGAUACUGCAAAUCAGAACUAGGAUAGUCUCAUAUGACAUCAUCUGAAAGGGAGAACUUUAUACCCAAAGAUAUAUAUGAACAGUACAGAAAUAAGCCAUGUUUUUAAUCAUACACUGUAAAAAUAUAGCAUCAGAUGUUGGCAUUGUUGGGCAUCUUUCAGGAAGGCUAAUUCUAGAUAUUUUGGCACCCUAACCAAAGUCAUAUUGUGGCAUCACCUAUGAUUAUAUUUCUCUCUUGAAUAGCCAUGCUGAUGCACAGAAUGCGCUUUUCUGGAUAUAACUUUGAUAAGUUGAUAGUCAUUGUUCAGUACCUUCCUAUCAGACUUUUCCCUUGCUUUGGUAAUAUUAUUAGUUUCCUGAGGUCUGUAGCUGUAAUAAUUAUUUCUUUUUUGAAACUUGCAAUGCCUGAUUGGUGUGAUGUUCACUACCACUCAACCGACUUUGUGCAUAAGUAUUGUUGAAAUGUAUAGAAAGAAAUGGUUGUAAUACAAUGAGGAAAGAUGCAUUUUAUACUCUAUUGUGCAUAUAAAUCUUUUCAAUUCUGGUAUGCCCUAAAAUUUGGCACCCUAGGCAACAGCCAAACCAGGCAAUUGCCAAACUUCUCUGGCUUGUUGCCACUUUCCUGCCAUCUCUGAGUGAUAAAGUGAAGAAUAUACACAAACACACCCUUCCCAAUGCAGACCGAAACCAAAGGGACAAGUAUAUAGAUGGGAGCAACAGUAAUUUUUAAAAAUGGCGAAGCUAGAUGGGGAGGAAAAACUUCUUGAAGGCAUCUUUUCAAAGUUGACAAAAUCUGGAGCUGACAAGGAAUACCUAAUCCAUUUGUAUAUAUGAAUGCAGCUUCAGUGCCCCUAUCAUAAUUUUAAAGCCGGAAUAAAAAUAGAACAUAGAUCAGAUAAGUGGCAGAUCAGCAAGUGUUUUUGGCUCCCAGUUUCAUUCUUCCUCAGUCCAUUGUGUUCCAGAUGUGUUGGACUGUAGUGCUCAUCUGCAAAGAUGUUGGUCAUUAUAGCCCGACUUACCUGGAGGAUGGCAGGUCAGGGAAGUUUAUCAUAGCAGUAACAAGGUUUCCCUUUUUCUAAACUAGGCUAAAUGGUAACUAAAAUGUAAACUUGUAUUUGUGGAUCCUUGCAGGAGAUGGUGCUUCAGUCAAAGAACAUGUAUUUGGCAACAAUUCCUUUGUACCAAAUUGAUCUUAAAGCUCAAAUUUAAGAAAAUAUAAAAUAAAACCUCACAACUCUGAAACAUAUCUGUAACUUCAUUUCAAAUCCUUAUUUAAUCUGUUACACAAUUAAUUGUCAGCUUAAUUUCAGUAUCAAGAUCUCUGACCAAGAAGUAUAUUCCCUUGAUUUAAGACUGCAUUUUAAAAUUAUCUAUCAUGUUAGGGAUUAUUCAAAUCUUUUUUCUUCUGAUGUUUGCAACAAUCUGUGUUUCAAGUCAUUUAACAAUAAUAAUAAUCAUACUAAUUAAGUGUAUUUGUGCCGUAUUAAGCAUCACAUUUUAAGAUAAAUAGUAUUCUGACCAGUGUGUACUUAAAUCAUAGAAUUAUCAAGAUUCAAUCCUUGAUGGGUGCUUUUUUUCAGAGUAUGCAGAAUCUCUAUCUGCCUUUGAAUUGAAGUGGUUAGAUCUCAAAUGUGGAUAAUAUAUUAAAAUAUUUUAAGAGUGAUUACGUUAAUUGGAAUUGCUCAUUCCCUCUAGCAAUUAGAAAAUAUGUUCAAACAUGUUUUCAGAGACAGUUUGAGAACUAGUGCUACUCCAAGGUAUCACAAAGCACUUAUCUUCUCUACAAUAUUAUAAUGAAAUAUUAUGAAUCAUCUAUUAAUAAUUUUAGGGAUACUUUUGAAAUAUUAUCAGAAAUUAAUCUUUAAAUGAAUUGGAGUCACUUAGCAUAGUGAACACAUUAGUUUCUAUAGCACACAACAAUGCAUGCAGAAAGCCAGCUCAGUGUUAAACUCAGACAUUGUUUGAUCUCAUUACAAAUAACCAUAAAAUGCAAAUAAAACACUGUAUGCUGGAAUGUAGAAGAGUUGCUCACAUGCUUUAGAAUAUAACUUAUAAGAAAAUGUGAGUUCAAGACCUUCAUUGUAAGGAAUUCAGUCCUAAAACCUAAAUUCUUAAAUGUACUUUCCAACAAGCUUCUAUCUCAAGUGUGAAAAGACCUGAGUUUUCAGUUGAAAUAUUUUCAGAUAUGAUACACUCUGGAAAAUGUCACUGAAAAUUGGAGUAAAAAUGCUCCUAUCAGGAAGAAUAUUUAUGGGGAAUUGAGCUUUUAGGCUAUUCUACUAAAUCCAAGCAUACUUAAUUGCAACACAUGUUUUUAUAGUUGUAGCUCUUUAAAGUUAUGCUUGAAAAUUAAGCCAUUUCUAUUAUUGCAUUACUUUCUAUUACUACUAUAGUAGUACGCUGAAUUUUAAAACUUCUAAUUUUGUUAAUAUAUUCCUUUUUUGUAAUGGAUCUGAGUUCAAAGCAUUUUUGUGUAUGUAUUGGUAUCAUCAAUCUGUUAUGUUUGUUAAAUGUUUUUGAUAUACAGUUUUAGAAGAAAAUUGUUUUUUCACCCUGUUUUUGUUUUUAUUAAGAGAGUUACUGUUACUUUUCUAAACUACUUUGUUGUAACUAUUUAAGAUAUGCAUUUCAGUCAUUAAAAGACUAUCGUCAGAAGAUGCUCAACCGUAGAAUUUGGACUCUGUUUAGGCUAUAGUGAGGCUUAUUAAAAUGAAGAUCUGAAUGCAGAGUUUUACCCUCUCACUGAGAAUCAAAGUCUUUUGCUCCUUGUAUAGUAAUUAUAAACAAAAGAACUCUUUGGUUUGGAAUAGCUAUCUAUAGACUUUGGUCUCUUCUUAGCAUAAUGUAUAUGUUGCCAUACCU